AUGCGUACAGCUAUUAUAGCAUAAUUGAAUUAUGAACACUUCUAUCAGCUAAAAGUUAAUAGCGAGCUUAAAUUAGAACACAGUCUUAAAUUAGAAUCAGCUUAAGAUAGAGUAUUUACGACAGACAAACAAACAAAAAAGAGCAUUUCUGAUUUCUUAAACUGUGUUGCCAGAAUCUAACAAAUACUAUGUGGCUCAUCACUUUUUAAAAGCAAAACAUGA